UAAACAAGAUGCAGACAAUCAAGUGUGUUGUAGUGGGUGAUGGUGCAGUUGGUAAAACGUGUUUACUUAUUUCAUAUACAACAAAUAAAUUCCCCUCUGAAUAUGUGCCUACAGUCUUUGAUAACUAUGCUGUUACUGUCAUGAUUGGUGAAGAACCUUAUACACUUGGGUUAUUCGAUACAGCAGGCCAAGAAGAUUAUGAUCGUCUAAGACCUUUAUCUUAUCCUCAAACAGAUGUCUUUUUGGUCUGUUUCUCUGUGACUUCGCCAGCAUCAUUUGAAAACGUGAAAGAAAAAUGGUUCCCAGAAGUCCAUCAUCAUUGCCCUGGUGUUCCUUGCCUGAUUGUUGGUACGCAAGUUGAUUUACGUGAUGAUCCUGCUGUCAUUGAAAAAUUAGCUCGACAAAAACAAAGACCGAUCAGUUUUGAUGCAGGUGAAAGACUGGCUCGUGAAUUAGGAGCUGUCAAAUAUGUUGAAUGUUCUGCCCUAACACAAAAGGGCCUCAAGAACGUAUUUGAUGAAGCUAUUGUGGCUGCAUUAGAACCUCCAGUCAAGAAAAAGUCAAAAAAAUGUCUUAUUUUGUAA